CUUUAAUUUUUUGUCGGCAAAAAAAAACCGGACCUCAGGUCGGCCAGCUUUAUUUUUACACAGAAAACUACAUAUGUUAGACCACAAGUACAAUAAUCUGAGCUGAAAAAUUACAAUCGGAUAAAUAAGUACACAGCCUUGUAUAUCAUCUGACUAAUUCUUAUCAGUGACACACUUAUCCAUACUUUAACGUCAGUUUAUUAUGCAAUUCUGACCUCAGACGACCAUGUUGAAGAUCAGUCGACAUAUGAUGGUGUUUAUUAUUUGUAUAGUCCUUUUUAUAUCAGAAUCGCAUGUCGAAGCUGUAGACCUUGCAUCACCUGAAGUUUUUGAUCCUGUUUUUUAUUCUAACAAUCACCAUGAAGUGAUGUCACAUGGUGUUAAUACACCGGAAGCUGCUAAGCAACACUGGCUUGCGCAUGGCAUAGAUGCUGGAUGGCAGGGAUCGGGACAGUUUCAUUCAAAAGAGUACAUUGCAAGGUAUCCUGAUCUCCAAAAAGCUUUUGGAAAUAAUUAUAGAGCCGCCAUUCAACAUUAUCUGACAUUUCACAGCUCUGAACACCGUGAUGGCUUAUCAACUAUUCAGGAUUUUGAAGGCCGCUGGACUGCAUUAAAUCAUGGGAUAUAUAUCGGUUCCUCUACUCGAACAGGUGGCGCUGUGGACAGUCUUACAUGGAACAAUAAAGAAUUUAUCAAUUCUUGGGAUCACGGGCGUCAGAUGCAGAUGGCAUGCAACACUAACAAAUACACCGAGUGUUACAACCCUACGGAAGCUGGUGGUGUUUGUGACGCCGCACUCCCUACAACCCACACUCAUAUAGAUUGGGUCCAUGUUCAUGGAAAUGUAAUGGAAAGUCAGGUUCAUCCAGCAUUUUGGAAACCAGUUAAACCUACAUCAGGAACACAACAUGAUUGUCAUUAUGGAAGAUUGUGUCCAGCACACCACGGCUACCGCUCAACUUACGACUAUCCUUUUCAUAAGAAGAUAACAAUAGGAACACAUGGCAUUAAUAAUUGUUUUGAAUUUGUAUCCAAUUUUACGAUAGGCGGAAACUGGCCUCAAGACGACUUGUUAAUUCAGAUGGAAUCACCUGCCGUUUACUUGACCUACGAAUUUUCAGAACAAUACUCAUUUAAUCCUACCACAAGGCUUGCUGAAAAUUAUCAUACUACCCAUUUACCAGUUAUUCGAUCGACUCCAGACCAUAAUCAUGCACUUGGGGCAUACACUCCACCAGGACAGGAUACGGAUAUACGUGAAAAUUACGACAGUCAUUUCUACACAAAUAUAAAUUUUGCUAUUACGACUGCAAAAUUCAAUGUAAUAUUCUAUAAGAGACCUCAUGGUACAGGGGUUCGUCAGUAUGUUUACAAAACGUACUUCUGUGUCGGAACCUUAAAUGACGUCACUAGUUGUUUACAUAAUAUUAUGACAGCUGUUCCAAAAUAAAAUUUUGCUUGGUGUUGAAUAAAGAGUUCCAUGAAAAUA